AGCUCGGUCACCUGACUCCUCGGCGGUUCGAAGCAAGAUGGCGGCGCCCAUGUUGCGGCGCUGUCCGAAUUGGCUCCGGAUAAGAAAGCUCUGCCUCGGGAAAGCGGCUGAACUUCACAGCCGGGCGGCUCCGGUGGCUGCGAGCGCGCUCUGCCGGAAAGCAAAGGAGCCUGCAUUGAAAAAGAGCCGUGAUGCUUCUUGGGCAGCUGUGGUGGGCUUGGAAAUUCAUGCACAGAUCUGCUCCAACUCAAAGCUUUUCUCUCGUUCUCAAGUCCAGUUUGCAGCACCGCCUAAUUCUUUGGUAUCUUUCUUUGAUGCUUCUCUACCAGGAACACUUCCAGUUCUCAACAGGAGGUGUGUAGAAGCAGCCAUAGUGACGGGCCUCGCGCUGAACUGCACCAUAAACAAGAAGUCCUUGUUUGAUAGGAAGCACUAUUUCUAUGCAGAUCUGCCUGCUGGCUACCAGAUCACCCAACAGAGGCUCCCCAUUGCUGUGAAUGGAACAUUGUCAUACAGCUUCUGUGUAGGGAAGAACCAGAGUGAAGUGAUAACCAGGACCGUGAGGAUCAAGCAGAUACAGUUGGAGCAAGAUAGUGGAAAGAGCCUUCAUGAUGAUUUAAGAAACCAGACGCUGAUUGAUUUGAACAGAGCAGGAGUUGGCCUCAUGGAGGUUGUCAUGGAGCCUGAUAUGUGCUGUGGGGAAGAAGCUGCAGCGGCCGUAAGAGAGCUCCAGCUUAUCCUGCAGACUCUUGGGAGCAGUCAAGCAAACAUGGCAGAGGGCCAACUGAGAGUAGAUGCCAAUGUAUCUGUGCAUCGCCCUGGACAGCCGUACGGAGUGAGGACUGAAGUGAAGAAUAUCAACAGUGCCCGAUUCCUCGCAAAAGCAAUAGACUAUGAAAUACGAAGGCAAAUUGAAGAACUAGAGAAUGGUGGAACUGUUCUGAACGAAACUCGAACCUUUGAUUUUAAGCUUGGGUGCACCAUUGCAAUGAGGGAUAAAGAAGGCAAACAGGAUUAUCGGUUUAUGCCAGAGCCAAACCUGCCACCAUUGAUUCUUCAUGAUGCUACAUCUUUGCCGGCUCACGCAAACCCUCAGCAAGUGGUGGACAUUGAUCAGUUGCGGGAGAAUCUUCCAGACCUCCCAAGUGCAAAGAGAGCAAAGCUUGUUGAACGCUAUGGGAUUCAGCCUCAGCACAGUUUUACCUUAUUGAAUGAAGAUGGAUUAAUGGAGUUCUUUGAAACCGUCAUGAAAGCAACAGAAAUGAAUCCCAGAAAAGUGGUUGGCUGGAUUCUGACAGAUAUGCUUGGCUAUUUAAAAAAGCAUAAUCUUACAAUAAAGGAAAGCCCGAUCAGUCCUUCUCUUUUGGCUGAACUUCUGAACCUUCUGGGAAGUGGAAGGAUUUCUUCUCCAGCAGCCAAACAAGUGUUGGAAGAGAUGUGGAAGGGGGAAGGGAAGACUCCCGCUCUGAUUGUUAAAGAAAAGGAGCUUGAACUGAUCAGAGAUCGGAAUGAGCUUGAGCACAUCUGUCAGGCUGUGAUGGGAGACCAUCAGAAUGAGGUGGCAGAAAUAAAGAAGGGAAACCAAAAAGUGCUGAAUAGGCUCAUUGGACAGGUUCAGAAAAAAACAAGAGGACGAGCAGAUCCUGCACUGGUGAAAGAAAUACUAGAGAAACUGCUAUCAUAGGAUCCUGGAGUGCAAAUGUACCUUUCUUGGCAUCCUAAACAUUAAAAUGGGGAAAUAUACUACUAUGAGACUUUAAACAACGGAAUUGCUUGUCAUCAAGAAUCUUCAGACAACUUUCUCUAACAUAUGGCUACUUCAACCAAUUCAGAGAAGCAAUAUUUGUUUUCUGAAUGAAGCCAAGAGAAGUUAAGAUGUUCCUCUCAAUAGAUUUUUGGUGUUUCAAAUUUUCACUACCAUCUAAAGGUUGUAUCCUGGUAUGUCAAGACACUAAGGAGUGUUUUUUCAAUGUCUAAUGAAUAAAAAUUGUACAUAAAAAUAACUUUUUAUAAGCAAUAAAACAAACAUUUUGUUUGGA